AUGCAGCAGGAGCACAAUUUGCAGACCGCACGCGUCGGCGCAUUCCAUGAUGAGUUCAAUGAGAAGAAAGCGAAAAAGCACCUCGGGCUGAUCUCCCGGAUCCCCCGGGAUGCUGCGGAUUGUCCCAACUUGCUUGACAUGCUGUUUCUGCAAAUUAUCCGCCUAUUGACAAGAGCUUUUGCUGACGAUAGUGCCCGUCUCGCCGGCAUCAAUGUCGGCGCUCCGGCGCAUCAUGUUCCUAGUGCUGAUUUCGGCCUCAUCGGUUUGGCCGUUAUGGGCCAGAACCUGAUCCUCAACGCCGCUGAUCACGGCUUCACUGUCUGUGCUUACAACCGUACCACUUCCAAGGUGGACCGCUUCCUCGAGAACGAGGCCAAGGGCAAGUCCAUCGUCGGUGCUUGGUCCGUUGAGGAGUUCGUUUCUAAGCUCAAGCGUCCUCGUCGUAUCAUGCUGCUCGUGAUGGCCGGCAAGCCCGUCGACCAGUUCAUCGAGUCCCUUCUUCCCCAUCUUGAGAAGGGUGAUAUCAUCAUCGACGGUGGUAACUCCCAUUUCCCCGACAGCAACCGCCGCACUGUCUACCUUGCCGAGAAGGGCAUUAACUUCGUCGGCAGUGGUGUCUCUGGUGGUGAGGAGGGGGCCCGCUACGGUCCCUCUCUCAUGCCUGGUGGUAACGAGGCCGCCUGGCCCCACAUCAAGGACAUCUUCCAGAGCAUUGCCGCUAAGAGCGACGGUGAGCCCUGCUGUGACUGGGUCGGUGACGAGGGUGCUGGCCACUACGUCAAGAUGGUUCACAACGGUAUUGAGUACGGUGACAUGCAGCUGAUCUGCGAGGCCUACGACAUCCUCAAGCGCGGUCUGGGUCUUUCCGGCAAGGAGAUCGGUGACAUUUUCGCCAAGUGGAACAAGGGUGUUCUGGACUCUUUCCUCAUCGAGAUCACCCGCGACGUUCUGUACUACAACGAUAACGAUGGCACUCCUCUCGUCGAGAAGAUCCUCGACAAGGCCGGCCAGAAGGGUACCGGCAAGUGGACUGCCAUCAAUGCUCUUGACCUUGGCAUGCCCGUCACUCUGAUUGGCGAGUCUGUCUUCUCUCGUUGCCUUAGCGCUCUCAAGGACGAGCGCACCCGCGCUUCUACCAUCCUGGAUGGCCCCAGUCCCAAGUUCGAGGGCGACAAGGAUGCCUUCGUCGCCGACCUCGAGCAGGCGCUGUAUGCCUCCAAGAUCAUCUCCUACGCUCAGGGCUUCAUGCUCAUCCAGAACGCUGCUAAGGAGUACAACUGGAAGCUCAACAAGCCCUCCAUUGCCCUCAUGUGGCGUGGUGGCUGCAUUAUCCGCUCCGUCUUCCUGAAGGACAUCACCAACGCCUACCGCAACAACCCUGACCUCGAGAACCUUCUGUUCGACGACUUCUUCACCAAGGCCAUUCACAAAGCCCAGAGCGGCUGGCGCAACGUUGUCAGCAAGGCUGCUCUGUGGGACCUGCCCGCCAACCUGCUGCAGGCCCAGCGUGACUACUUCGGUGCCCACACCUUCCGCAUCAAGCCCGAGCACGCCAGCGAGACCUACCCCGAGGGUAAGGACAUCCACGUCAACUGGACUGGUCGUGGGGGUGAUGUGUCCGCUUCGACCUAUGUUGCGUAA